GAAGGGGAGGAGAAGAGAGGAGAGUGGGAGGAGGUGCGGGUGGGAGUCCCGCAGAAGGAGCGUUUCAAUCCCAACAUGAAUUCCACCCGCAAUCUCUGACCGCGAGACACACGAGCGAUAUAAGCAGACAUCACGGCGCCUCGCGCAAGCGGAUACUUUCUUAAGUCUUUUCCAUCAGCGUCUGCUUGUUUUCCACGGAUGCCCUUAACGUCUUCCUCGUGACUUCAACAUCGCCGCGAAACGGGAUGAGGCGGUAAAUGUCGCGUUUCGCAUCUUUUCGCUCCGGUUGAAGCCGCAGGAGUAUGUGAUCAUGUUGGCGACGCGCUGCCUCCUCCUGUGGGCUGCGGUCACCGCGCGACUCGCCGUGACAGGCUGGGGCAGCAGCAUCAAGCGGGACGGAGCGGAACGGGGACGCGAACCGAACGCGUAUGCGGAGGAGCUCACGCAGCCUCAGCGGCUGCUGCAGCGCACUGACGCGGAGGAGGAGCUGCCGCACGGGCACUUGGGUACUCUAGUAAAGAUUGAUGCUGAUGGAGCGCAUCCUAUUCAUUUGGCUCAGAUCUCAUUCCUGGUGACGGCAUUUGGAAUCCCAUUUGUUCUAGACCUGGAGCUCAAUCAUGACCUCUUGUCGUCUAACUAUGUUGAACGCCACUUCGAUGAGGAUGGGCGACCUUUUCAAAGUCUGGGAGGAGAGCACUGUUACUAUCACGGUCAAGUGAGGGGAGUUCAGAGGUCAUGGGCAGCUCUCUCCACCUGUCACGGCCUACAAGGGAUGUUCUCAGAUGGCAACUUUUCAUACGGCAUUGAGCCCUUGCACAACGGCAGUGAUCAGGAUGCAAAUACUCAUGUUGUAUGCAGAAUGGCAGACAUCCGGCUGAGGCCACAUUCCUCAGGAAGCACCAGAAACAGCAGUGAUUCUGACAUUAACAAUGACUAUCCCGUUUCUAUGGAGACGAACGAGCCGGAGCUCACAGAUGGGCUGAGACGGGCAAAAAGACAGGUUCGGAGGGGUCCCCGCACAGUUCAGAGUGAAACAAAAUAUGUAGAGUUACUAGUGGUCAAUGAUUAUGAACUGUUUGUACAGAUGCGAAGAUCAGCCCCUCAGACGAGGAACUUUGCUAAAGCUGUAGUAAACAUGGCUGAUGCUAUUUACAAGGAGCAGCUGAACACUAGAAUAGUGCUUGUCGCUAUGGAGACAUGGUCAACUCAGAACAUGGUUUCUGUUGGCGACGACCCUUUGUUGACCCUGCGUGACUUUAUGAAAUACAGGAAGGAGAAUAUCAAAGAGAAGAGUGACGCGGCUCACCUGCUCUCGGGGCGCACAUUUCAGAGCAGAAGCAGUGGCACUGCCUAUAUUGAGGGGAUCUGCUCACCAACACGAGGAGGAGGAGUCAAUGAGUAUGGAAACGUGGGGCCUAUGGCUAUAACCUUGUGUCAGAGUUUAGGACAGAACCUUGGAAUGAUGUGGAAUAAAGAUCGUGCUACUGCAGGAGACUGUAAGUGUCCAGAUCCGUGGUUAGGCUGCAUCAUGGAGGAUACUGGAUACUAUCUACCCAGAAAGUUUUCACGGUGCAGUAUAGAGGAGUACAUUCAGUUCCUCCAGCAAGGAGGAGGAAGUUGCCUCUUCAAUAAACCUAACAAGUUGUUGGAUCCUCCUGAAUGCGGGAAUGGUUUCGUGGAACAGGGAGAAGAAUGUGACUGUGGUUCCCAAGUGGAUUGCUCUCGUGCCGGGGGUGCAUGCUGUAAAAAAUGCACUUUGACCCAUGAUGCAAUGUGUAGCAAUGGACUCUGUUGUAGCCGUUGCAAGUAUGAGCAGAGAGGAGUGGUCUGCAGGGAUGCAGUGAAUGACUGUGAUGUGCCGGAAACGUGCACUGGCGAUUCGAGUAAAUGUCCACAUAAUGUCCACAAACUGGAUGGUUACAUGUGCAAUGCUGGACUGGGACGCUGCUAUGGAGGCCGCUGUAAGACCAGGGAUGCCCAGUGUCUGGCGCUCUGGGGCCACAAUGCAGCAGAUCGCAUGUGUUAUGAGAAGCUGAACACUGAGGGUACAGAGCGUGGCAACUGUGGUCAGGACAGCAGCUCACACAGCUGGAUUCAGUGCAAUAAACAGGAUGUGUUGUGUGGAUUUUUAUUGUGCACUAAUAUCACAGCGAAACCACGGUAUGGAGACUUAAAUGGAGAAAUCACAAGUCUCACUAUCUAUCAUCAGAACAAGUACCUGGAUUGUCGUGGGGGUCAUGCAGUAUUAGAAGACGGCACUGAUCUCGGGUAUGUGGAGGACGGCACGCCGUGUGGUCCUAAUAUGAUGUGCCUGGACCAUCGCUGUCUGGCGGUCACCACUUUCAACCUGUCAUCCUGUCCCGGGUCAUCCGCUUCUCAUGUGUGCUCUGAUCAUGGGACGUGCAGUAAUGAGGUGAAGUGUAUCUGUGAUACAGACUACACUGGAAAGGACUGCAGUGUGUAUGACCCCAUUCCAGACCCCCAGCCUCCAGAUGGUCCUGAGAAGUACAAAGGUCCAAGUGGUACAAACAUCAUUAUUGGCUCUAUAGCAGGAGCGAUACUGCUGGCAGCUAUAGUAUUGGGAGGAACAGGCUGGGGCUUUAAAAAUAUCAGAAGAGGAAGAUCUGGAGGGGGAUAAAGCAUGCUGUCUGCUCUCCCGUGCUUCUGCACUGUGUUCUUUAAACUUUGAGGGAAACAGAAGAAACUACAGAUGUCUUCCACUCUCUCACCAAACUCCAGUGUCACUCUGUCCUGUCUUUCUGACUUCCUGUUACUGCCUGUCACCUGUUGCCUAGAAACACUCCAGUACAUCCCAUGGUAACGUUUUAAAACUGAUUUCAGUUUUACUGAUGUUAUUUGUAAUGGGUUUUGACCCUUUAAACCCAGCACAGAAAUGGAAAAAGUCACAAUUUACUCACCCUCGUGUCAUUUCAAACCCGUAUGACUUUUUUCAUGGAGCACAAAAAGAGUUGUUAGCAGGAAGUUCAUACUGUUGUGUUCCAAAAGAGGACCAAAAAAGCACCAUGAAGAUAGUCAAUCCAGCUUGUGCGCUAUAUACAGAUACAUUCUGCAUAUUCAAACAUGGCGCCUUGACACACUUCACUUCAGGUAGAUAAAUCAAGUCUGAAUUUUUUUUGUUACAUUUUUUUGGUACAAUUUAAUUAUUACAAAUUUUAAUUUACUAAUAGUGGUCCUAAUCAGAGAGCUACCACAUUAAUCACAACAGUCACUAUGCAUGACCAUUUCAAACCUUAUUAUUAUUAUUAUUAUUAUUAUUAUUAUUAUUAUUAUUAUUAUGAUUAUUGAUGCUAAAAUAAGUAAUUUUAGCACUGAAAACCUAGAUUUUUAAGUACCCUCGUUCCAUGCAGAUAGACAUAGUCUUGUCUUUUCCAAACAUUUUGGAGGAAAUAUUUACGGAUGUCCCAGUGGAAAUCCCAAAACAAUGUAUUGUCUUUCAAUGGAAUGUCUGCUAGCAUUCCAUGUUUACCCUCAUGCUAGUCUGAUAUCUAUAAUCUUGCUGCUUUUACUACCAUCUAUAAUAGUUAACAUGCAUAACCAUAUGAAUGUACUUUUACAUAACAAAAAAUAAGGCAUUGCUUGUAUGUGUUAAAUGUAGUUAUACUUUUCAUAAGCACAUUGCUGAGUGAGGCAAGGCAAGGUAAUUUUAGUAAAAUAUGUAUUAUAAAUCAUUUGUAAAUUUUAAGCAUAAGUGGAACACUGUUUGAAUGCACUGAGCUGAGGAUAAAUAUGUAUAUAAUGUAUAUGACAGCACUGUUUUGCCCUCUGACUGUAGAAAUAAACAACACAGUCAGCAUAAGCACAAAUACAUUUUUGGGAAUUAAAACAACAUUGUACUGACACUGAUAUAUAGUCAGUAAUGGGUAAAACCACAUACAAAACCACAAUAGUCAAAAUCGUAUUUCCAAUCGCUGGCUGAUGUCAGUGCUAUUGGACUUUAUACUGACACGUAUCAGUGUGUAUCAAGGUUUUAUCAUUUCAAAUGGUGCAAUUGCACUUUAAAUUUACUUUUAAUUUAAUUUACUGGUAACACUUUACAAUAAGGUGUCAUUUGUUAACAUAUGUAAAGCAUUAAAUGAAAAAGAACAAUGAACAAUAAAUUUUUACACUAUUUAUUAAUUUUUGUUAAUUUAUAAACUUAAAUUUGUUAGUUAAUCCUUUCAUUGUUUGUUUGUUAGUUCACAGCACAUUAACUAGUGAUAACAAACACAACUUGUGAUUUAAUAAUGCAUUAGUAAAUCCUGAAAUUACCAUUAACUAAGAUUAAUAAAUGCCGUAGCAGUAUUGAACCUUAUUGUAAAGUGUUACCAUUUUGGUAAGUUUACAAUAAGGUUCCAUUAGUUAAUAUUAUUUAAUAUAUUAAUUAACACGUAUGAACAAUGAACAUUACAUUUAUUACAUGUAGUUAUUAAUCUUUGUUAAUGUUAGCUAAUGAAAAUACAGUCGUUCAUUGUUAGUUCGUGAUAACUAAAUUUAACUAAUGAACCUUAAUUUAAAGUGUUACCAAUAACACUUAAAUAUUGAUAGUUUUGUUUUUCUAUUUUAUGGGCAUACAAUAUUUAUGUUUCAAACAUUUCCAAAUUAGAAUUACAUUCAGAAGUAAGCAAGACUUUAGAGGAAAAACAUUUGUAUUAACUGGGUCAUUUCUGAUAUUCCGUACUUUUGAACAUCUAAAAUGAGAAAAUGUUUUUUAAUUUUUUUUUUUUUAAUAAAUUUUGUAUAAUCAUAAGGAGACAUAAAAUGAUUAAAAAGUGAUUUAGGUCAAGUUCAGGAAAAUGAAUUGUUUACACUUGAUAGUCCAGACAUUAUACUAACUACAAGUGACUUUGCAAUUAUGUCAACUAAUCCUCAUUAGUGUAUUAGUAGAAUACUAGGUUAGGGUAAGGGUUAAGGUUAGUAGAAUAAGUUGACAAGUACUUAAGUUACUUAUAGUCUGUCAAAGUGGACUAUCAAAAUAAAGCAUUUCUGAAACAAAUGUCUCCCUGUUAGGAACAAUCAAACAACAGUUUAAAAGACUUUUAAAUAUAAUGUAUGGGCAUUGUGUAUAUUUAAAAAAAAAAAAACUGUGUCAAUUUGUCUAUUUAAAAUGUGUAUCUGGCAUUUCAGGCAUUAAGCUCAUGAUUUUUCCUGGGGACACAAGAGGCACCGAAUACCAGAAAUGACCCUACACAUAAAUCACAAUCACAGGAAACAGCAUAUCAACUCCAUGCUACUUAUUCUCGUACACAGCCAGCAGAAAACAAGACACCUACUGAAUGUACUGACAUCAGUUAAAUUUAAGGCUCUGAGGCAGCGUUUUAUUUACACACAGAAUGGGUAAUUUUCAUGUCACCAUUAUGUCAGAUGCUAAAUUUCAAACCAAAAUUGUACAGAUGGAAAUUAGACUUUUUAUUAGACUUUUAUAAUAUCCCUUUAACUAACAAAAUCCAGUUCUUAAAUUACAUUAUCCUUCAGAAAUAGUUGGAAAACAAUAAGUAUUAACAAUAGAUUUGAAGAAUUCUUUGAUGUUCAGAUUGAUUCAAUUAGAAUUGUAAUUAAAAGUGUGCAUUAUAUACAGUAUUUUGAACAAUUUUUGCCACCCUUAUGUCAGCUAACCUGCAGUCUCUCCUGGCUAACUUUAGCUCUUUUUUCCAAGGCAUAAUGGAGAGCUGCUAAUGCCGUUGUAUACUAACUAUACUGAAUAAAGUUUAAGAAACUGAGUCUAGCCAGAGCAUAUUUGUAGAAGUCUAAUAUACCUUUUUAUAGAAUGACUUCCUUUAAUUACAACUUAAGCAUUUUCAAGCUCUUCAACUUUUAAAAAUUAAUAAAGGUAUGGAGGAAUGAGCCAGUGAGUGAAAUAAAGUUAGUACACAGUGGAUACUUAGUUUAAAGAGUUUGGAAAAUUCUUCAGAGAUUUAAAAUAGCUAUCUGAUCAGCAGGAAUGUGUGUGCUUUUCCAUAUAAACCAUACACCUGGCCACAUGUUUGCAAAUAUUGUCUCAUAACAAUAAUUUUAAAAAGUAUCCAUGCAACUUUUGCUUUUAGUAGAAUCAAGUCACGAUAAAUUAGCAAUAUUUGUUGUUUUCUCAUAUUUUCUUGUGCCUUCAAAACUACCUUAAUAUUUCAGCAGAGUUACAUUCACCAAUGAUCAGCCUGUUCUAAAAGUUACUUUAGUGGUAAAUGUGCUCAUGCGUAAUGUUAUGAAUUACAGUACAGCCAAAAAUUGGGUCUAAACACAGUAUUAGCAUAAUUAAAGUUAGAGACUUUGGGUCAGAUAUAUUACACACACACUGCCCAAAGUAUAUAUACAUAGUAUAUGUAUAUAACUCUUUCCUAAAGUACAUUUACGGUCAUGUAUUCUCUGAUAAUGUAAAUAUAACGGAUCCUUUAAAAACAUGAUCACACAUCUACACCAAAUAUAACGCAUGUGCAAGAUUCCAAAGAAUGACACACAUUCUCACCGGGUGAAUUUAUCUAUUUACUAUGUUCCGUAUUGUUGCAAUGUGAACGGGAAAUCUUGAGGGAAGCCCUCGGUUUUAGCCAUUUGAUAGUUUGGUUUGCAUGUUUUUGGGCCACUGAAACGCUUGUGUUAACAAACCAUCAACUUGAUAGAUGCUGAGAGGAAUUAUUGAGGACAAUCUAUUAACGUAGCUGAUACGAUAUUUUAAAUAUAUUGCCUUCAGUCACAUUCCAACAUUUCAUUCCAGUCACUGUGUAUUUCAUCCACUGAGUUUCAGUGUUUUAGCAAUUUUAUCCUUUGGUGUGAAUUUUAAACUAUAGAUUUCUAAAGAGUUAUUAUGGAAAAUAUUAUGCUUUGUAGUAAUUUUCAGUCUGUUUGACUGAUAGACUGAUAUCCGAGUAAUCAGGUUCAGCUAAAGCUCACUGCAAAUAAGAAUUUUCCUCAAUGAUGCAACACUAUCUCGUUUCCGGUGGUUUGUAAUUAACAUCUCAUUAACGUCAAUUAGCACUGUGGUAGGAAAAAAAAAAACAUCCCAGAAAAUGUAACAGCAGUUUUCUUCUUUCCACGACUUGCUUGAUGAUUUGUUAUAUUAUAAUGAACAUGCUGCCAGCAAAUCAAAGCUUGUUUUGAAAAAAAAAAAAAUGUUUGUCACUAACGUUUCAGAAGAGAACUUCGAAUGUAUCAGGUGUAAACGAUGAAAUUCAUGCCAACAGCAACAGAGCAGAACAAUGUUUCUUUUAUGUAUAUUAUUAUUGUCUGUAUGCAAAGGUCUAAAUGUAUUUGUAACAAAAAACAAAUGUACUAGACACAAUUUUUUGUCAUGAUUUGUCAAAUUUCACAAAUACAAGUAUCUACUGUGUAUCAAUAUGUAGUUAUACAACUUCAAGAGUAUUCAAGAGUAGCAAUGUUUUAUUGUAUAUUUGUGUAUAACAACUGCCAUAAAAACAAAAGGAUUCCUGGAGAAAUGUCUUCCGGGGGUGUGAGACUGUGUGUAAA